AUGGACCACAUCGUCGACUCCCGCUACAAGGACCCGUGGAAAGCUCUGUCUUUCUCCAAGAUGAUGUGGUGGGUGGACCUGUCGCUGCUGACCUGCGCUCUGUUUUACAUCGACAUCGUGUUGGACAUCAAGCAACUUGCUCUGUUCUAUGGCAGUGGCCUCCACGGAUACCUCCUCCUGAACAUGAUGGGGAUAGCCAUGCCCAUCAUUUUCACCACCUGGGACGCGAUCAGGUUCGUGGGCACCCGGUCAGCGGACCUCGAUGCGAUGACUUUCUGGAUCCCUCCGGGCAUCCUUUUGCCGCUCUUGGUCAUCGCAACGAUCUCCCAGACUUUGAUGCUUCUGCUGGCUUUGGUCUCGGCCGCCACCGGCAAGAAGCAGCCGCUGCUCUCGGGAGCCAAGUUCGCCGAGGUGGCCGAGUCUGCGACAUCGGCGCUUGUACAGACAAACUUUCUGAUCUCUGGCCUGGGGGGCGUUUCACAGAUUCAAGCGCUGGAGUUAUCGGAAGAGCAGCUGCAAAGCAUGCAGCUGUCAGUAGCGGUGUCCUGUUUGUCCCUUGGCCUGGGUUUCGCCAGCCGCGAUAAGGCGGACUCGGCAGUGCUUGGCCUUCCCGGGAAGCUCGGGUGGGACGCGACGAUGGCAGCCCUCGUCCUCACGAGAUCCAUGGAGGUGUCUAGCAGAGUCUUUGCGUAUAACAUCCUACAAGUCUCCGUGAGGGGAUGGCCGCUGCUGCGUUUCGGUAGCGUCGUAGCAGUAGGCCUGGUGCUGGUGUCAGCCCGACUCCUCUUCCCCGACGCCUCCCUGGCAGAUGUGGCAGCUUCCACCAUCGCCCAUCCGGGGCAAAUCUUGGCUGCUAUGCUGCCCAGCUCGCUGCUGAUUGCCUGGCUGGCCGUGAGCAUCGCGAGCUGGGCGGCGCUGGUGUUGCUCCGCAUGCUCGGCACAGAUGUGGACCAGCCACGCUUUGUCGCCUUGGCAUCAGCAGGCGACUGCUCGAUCCCCUUCUCGACCUUAGCACCGGCCUUCGGCAGCUCGGGCCAGGUUCCCAAGGCCGUCUUCAAGGCGAUGAAAGAGAAGCACAUCGUGAAGUUGGACACGAAAGCUGCGGUGCAGGGGCUCGACGAGAAGACUCUGCGCUUGAUUUUAAACUCCGGAGUGGACGUCCAGCUUGCGCCCAUCGCCCUUGACGAAAGCGGGCUUAGCCUGGUUGGACUCGUUGAGUGCCUGGCCGCCUCAACCCCGGAGUCCCUGCAGCUUCAUGGCUUUGGCGACAUUGCGGGCGUCCCCUGGCAGCUCCUUGGCGGCGCCCACUGGCCACAGCUCAAGAAAGCCGACUUCGCUGAGUGUUUCGCAAAGAACGGCGAGGGCGCUGUGGGUCUUUUCGGGGCCUUGGCCCGCUGCCGGGAGCUACAGGAGCUCAACAUGGGCUAUUGCCAAAAAGUCCCGGCGGCGGCCUGGCGGCUGUUCGCAAAAGCCGAGUGGCCGACAUUGAAAAAGGCCGACUUCGAUACGUGUUUCGCAGGGAACGGCGAGGGGGCAGAAGAGCUGCUGGGCGCCUUGGGCCGCUGCCGGGAGCUCGAGGACGCGGCAGAAGGGGUGUUCGUUUUCCUGAAAGCAGAGAGUCCGCAGCCUCCUUUUCAGAAAACGCAUGGUUAA